CUGCAGUUGUGGGCAAGAAAAGUUUUGAGAGGGUGGCAACUGGCGAGAAUGACGCGUGUCUGUUUUACAGUAGAUCAAACACGCAUACUAGCAGUCCACAGAGCUGUCCAGAGCAAAUCCUGAUAAAUCCAUGUAGUCUAUCACAAGAUAUGAUUUAGAAUACCUUAUGAAGUCUAACAGUGGAGUAUUUUUCAGAGGGAACGUGUAAGUAGCCCUUACAUGGUGGAUCACUUGGUGGUUACUGGAUAGAAAACAUUCCCUCGCGCAAAAUUCCACCUGCGUAAUUUUGAUGAAUUGUUUAAUGCUUUUAGCGCAAAAAUCAAUAGUCGCUGCUUUUUGGGUGGUUCGAGGGGGUGACCACCACCACCUCUUGAAUGACCCGCUGUGAAGGAAUGAGUGAUGCCGGACAGAGGAUGUAACAUCUGGAGUCUGGUGGUACUGUCGGUAUUGGAGAUGGGGCUCGGUGCGUCCAGCAUCGCCCUCGGGGUGUUCGGCAUCAUCCGAGUCCGGUCGGUUCACAAGCUGCAGCUGGGGGAUGCCUCUCCUAUAUGGAGCGGAAUUUGUUUUCUCAUCUGUGGACUAUGUGGGAUGGUGUGUGCAAAGAAGAGGUCAGGAUUGAUUAUGAUCCUAUUUUCAGCCUGCUGUAUCUGUGGGUUGAUCAGUGGGAUCCUAAACUUCCAGUUUGUGCGUGUGGUGGCAAAGCGUCCCGAUGCCCUGCCGUCCCUCUACCUGGCCAUCAUGGUGCUGGCCUGCCUGGGCAUCGGGGUGUCCAUCCUGUUUACCUGGCUCACCUGUCGUCUGGCCAGCAGCGAACAGCAGAGGAUGUACCUGGAGAGAGAGCUGUCCCUGCACCAUUCCCAUGAGAUGAGUGAAAAGGAGUUGGCUGAGAGAUCUGAGAGAGCAGCCAGCAUUCCCCAGAUCUCCUUCAAUGGAAAGUCCUCACCUCCAUUGUCAUUAGGCUGAAGCCCAGCUGUGUUACUGUAUUCAAAGCAUCAUGGAGACAAUGUUGGUUCCAUUCAACACCAACGGUUACAUGGGACGUGAUCUCUUGCAAUGAACUAAUACACCAAGGAAUCAACAUACGGCAACACUAUGAGAAGGCGCUGUGAGAUUUGACCAUUGCUUUACCAGUGACGAUGUAGGCUGAAUGAUGCACCUGAUAGUCCCCAGACAUGGAUUUGGGGGACAUGGAAACAGCCGGUAGAGGGGACAAAGCUAUGGCACAUCCAAAGGCUCAAAAACAACAACUAAACCACUUGAGAUUGUCAGUGUUGAGAUGGUGAAAGACAUAUACUGUAACUGCUUCAGGGUUUGACUGGUCAUAGAGAUCAUGUCAUACAGUGGAAGUUGUUUCCAUUUUUAAUUAUUAUUUAUGUAUUUAUUAUUUAAAUAUAUCUUUGUUUAUUCAUAAGCAUGAAAAUAUAAUAACAUCCCAUGUGAUAGGUUUUUACAAUUUAGAGCAUUGUAAUGAAUUAAAGGUUUAAUGAUGGUCAUGGAUGACGAGUACGACAGAUGAUGAUGGUGAUGGAUGACGAUGAAUGAUGAUGACUACAAUGGAUGAUGAUGAAUGAUGAUGACUACAACGGAUGAUGAUGAUGGUGAUGACGACUACGAUGGAUGAUGAUGGUGAUGACGACUACGAUGGAUGAUGAUGACUAUGAUGGAUGAUGAUGAAUGAUGAUGACUACAACGGAUGAUGAUGAAUGAUGAUGACUACAACGGAUGAUGAUGAUGGUGAUGACGACUACGAUGGAUGAUGAUGGUGAUGACGACUACGAUGGAUGAUGAUGACUAUGGUGGAUGAUGUUGAUGACUUUAUUGUAUCCAUUAGGACAUUAAUUCUAUAUGCAUUAGUAUAUUUUGCAGCAGACCACAACCAGUAGGAGGCAGUAGUGAUAGUUAUAUUCCCCCACUAGAGGGAGCACUCCAUCUCCUUUUAACUUAUCUCUGUACCAAACGGCACCCUAUUCUCUAUAUAGUGCACUACUUUUGACCAGAGCCCUAUGGUCAAUAGUGGUGCACUAUAUAAAGAACUGGGACUCAGAGUUGAAUCUUUUAGUCAAACAUUUGAACAGAAUAAUAAAUAUGGAA